UAUCAAGAUGGCGGUCGGACAGCAAGCCAAGAGCUCCGUGGUGCUCUCCUCUGUCCUGCUCCAGCUGGUUUUCUAUAUUACAGGAAUCUACUAUGUCAUUUACUUCCUGUCUUCUGUCAGCCUAAUCAUCUACAAGAGCUACGUGCUGAGCUACCCCGAUAGGCACCUGGCAGUGGACCUGUUCCUCCUCUUCAUCAUGGCUGUGCUGGAGGGCCUACGUCUCUACUGGGGUGUGUGCGGUAACCUGACGGAGAGUGAGGGCUACAUCAGCAUGAAUCUGGGCUCCACAGUGGGCUCCGUCAUGCUGGCUGUCUACUUCCUGGUGUGGCAGUCCUACGUGCUGCGCGCCGAUGUCAUCAUCAACGGCAUCCUCCUGGCCGGCUACGGCCUCAACGGCCUGCUGGGACUCUUCACCUUUGCCCGCUUCAGCAGUGUCUACACCUGAGAGGGUCUUUCAGCUUCCCAUGAUGCUCUCUGCUGAGGUGCUGCUGUAGUGACCUGGGCAGGCCUGUCCGUCACCUACGAGCUGAGAGAGAUGUGUGUGUGUGUUGUGUGUGUGUGUGUGUGUGUGGUGCCUAAGGACUAGAGAGGCUGUGCUAAGUGCUGAAGAAGUACUCAGAGAGUACUCGUGCUGUUGAGGUGCCCUUUUGAGAAGUGAUGCGAUACAUAAUUAACACGGCUUGGCUCGAGUCCAGAGGCUAGAGCACUGGAAUUCAUGUAUUUGUAUCGGUUUUACAGCAGCCUUGGCCUUCCUAACCACGACAGAAUCAUGGUUUUCAGGACGGAUUCAAAGGAGCCUGUAGUAGAAUUUCUUCUUUCAAGCCCGAUUUUAAGAUUAUUUUCUUUGAGUGAACCCAAAUCAGUUUUGUCUAAUCAGGGGAAGAUGGAUAACUGCCACGGAUCAGCUCCAGUAGUUUCCAGACUCACCUGCAGGAAGAGUGAGAGACUGACAUUGUGCCUGUAUGAAUCUGAUAAGAUGUUCAUGUAGACAUAUAACUGUAUAUACGUCUCAUCUGUGGUUUUUUUUACUGUACAAUACAUUUUCCAGAUUUCUA